UUAAGCCAAAACUAGUACGGAACUGACAAGUCUUCCUGCCCUGCGCGCUCUCUUCUCAAAUUUCAAAUCAUAUCUCCAAUCUCAUCUCCCCUCUCUUUUAAACCCUACCCUAAAUUCACUUUCCCGUUUCCUCCCCUUUUAUCCUUUUUCUUCUAACUUUUCUCAUCACUCCUUUUCGCCAAUACAAUACUCUUCAUUCUUCAAUCUUUUGUCUUCUCUUUCACUUACUAUUCAAUUUUAUUUAUUUCUUGAUUUUAACUAAAGAUUCUCUGCAAAAAAAAAUCUUGAUUUGAAUUGGUUUGUUAGAUUAUGGAGGAUCAGGCUUUGUUGUUGCCCAAAUCCGCUGUAAAGGUGAUUGGUGAGAAGCGGAUUGCUGAGGAAUUGGAUAAUGAGCAUGAAGCUGGUAGAAAACAUGUUAAAAUGAUAGAUCUUGAUUCUGUGUUUCAGCCUGGAGAAAUUAAUACCCAUCAUGAAAAAUCUUUGAUAAACAAAGAUGCAAGCGAUCAACUUAAGUCUGAUGGAGAAGAGAUGUCCCAAGUAACUGACAUGCCUAUUACUCUGGAUUUGGAUGGUUCCCAAGUUGAAAGAGCAGUAAGAAAUGCAUCAUCAGUUGUGGUAGAUGAUACUCCAACUGUGCCAGAUCUUAAUUCCAAAGUUUGCAUUGCAAAUAGUUCAUGCUGUGCUGGUAGUCCUAAAUGUGCUGAGAAUUCAGACAAGCCAUCAUCUUUGCUGAUGGAGCACAAUAGGGAACCUAAUACUAAUUGUGUAUCCUCAGUUCAUGUUGGCUUGGAUCUUAAUGCAGAAGAUGUUGCUAGCUCAGUUAACCAAUAUCCCUUAUAUCACUACAGGAAUCAUAAUUAUUCAAAAGGAAGAGAUGUUUCUGAAUGUGUGAGUUCGACAGCACCACGGGAGGAGAAAGAUCCAAUGAGAGUGUGGAAGGAGAUGAAGCAAAAUGGCUUCCUCUCAUCAUCUCAUGGAGGCAUAUCAAUGCAAAAUAGUGUUCUCUCAUCUUCUCAUGGAGGAGUACCACCAAUGCCAAAACAACGUGGGAGGAAAAGUAAAAGCGACACAUUUAAGAAAAAGAUGGAGAUUGCAAAGAGGGAAAAUGUUGAUAGGUUCACCAAAAUUGCAGCUCCAAGUGGACUGCUAAAUGAAUUGAACCCAGGGAUUAUUAACAAUGUAAGAAAUAGGAAACAAGUCUACUCCAUUAUAGAAGCCAUAGUAAGGUCAGAAAAACAUGAAACUAGUCAUUCUGGAAGCAAGCAGUUAAACCAUGUAAAUUGUGGGAGCAAAGAUGACAUUUAUUCCAAGGACCCAGAAAAUAUGAAUGAUUCAGGAAUACAUAGACUCUUCUUACAUUGUCAAGAUGAUAGGCCUCCAAGUACUUUCAGCAUGCAAAGAAGUGGGUCUGCAAUGCCAAUGCACAAUUCUUAUUCUUCAGUUUCAGAGGACAAAAGUGGAGAUGGUGACUCAAGCAUGGUAGACUGUGAAGAUGAUGCACUAGCACUGAAGUUGUCAUCCUCAGCCAAGGCAUCUGAGAAUGCUGGUUCAGUUUCUAAUGAGGAAUUGGGUUACCUUAGGAGUGCAGCUUCUCUUUCUGUAAAAGCUGCAACUGUUGCUUUUCAAUGGCUGGAACUUCUUCAUCAGGAUAUUAAAGGACGACUUUCAGCAUUGCGUCGAAGUAAGAAGAGAGUCCGGGCUGUAAUUGCUACAGAGUUACCCUUUUUACUUUCAAAAGAAUUCUCAUCUGGUGUAGAGAAUGAUCUCAAUGCCACAAAAAUUUCUGUUGAUAAAUUUUCAAAAAACUCAACUGCAAAUUUGCAUCGAGAAAGAUGGAGCAUACUGUUUGAUCAGAUGGAUAAAGCACUUACUGAAGAAGAGAAGCAGCUUGAAAGCUGGUUGAAUCAAAUAAAGGAAAUGCAACUGCAUUGUGAUCAAGGCCUGCAAUUUAACCACUGGACUCCAGGAUAUGGUGUACAACAUCUGGGAAUAUCAGAACAGGGCUUCAGAUCAGGGAAAGCAGUUAGCACAGAAAAGGAUUUAGCAGUUAAAGCAGCUGCAGCUUCCAUUUAUUCAACAUGUAAUUUCUUAGCGUCAAAGGAGAAUGUGUCCUGUUGCUGAUCUUAAUUCCAGCGGUUGACCUCUGACCCCUCUCAACAUAUUUCCUUUUCCUCACUAUUUGCAGAGAAAUCUGCCUGUUCAUUCUAUAUAAAAAUUAGCAUAAACUUUUGCUGAAUGACUAUUCUGUAACAUUAGAAAUGGAGAUCAAUAAUUUUUGAAAUUCACUUA